CGAUCUCCCGCGUUCCAAGUUAGGCGGAAACAGAAAGCCUUAUUUUCUCUAUUUAAGCGCGCCAACAAAGACUGUCCCAGGAGGUCUAGCUGCACUUCAUUCACUGCACAGAAGCCCGUCGGUUUUCCGUCUGUUCACGGUCUGUACUGUCCUUCUGAAACCAUGCCAGAGGAAACGUCCGCCGCGUCGAGCUCUGGGAGUGUGGAGGAGAAGCCCUGUUCAUCAUCGUCGGCAGCUGCUGCAGACAGCUCAGUUGACGUAAUGGAGGAGGCAAAGAAACUGAUUGGCACAGGCAACAGGCAUCUGGUGAUGGGAGAUGUUGUUUCUGCUGUCAGUGUCUUUCAGGAUGCCUGCGGCAUGCUGGCUGAGAGAUAUGGGGACACUGCAGAUGAGUGUGGUGAGGCUUUAUUCCUGUGUGGGAAGUCCCUACUGGAGCUUGCCAGGAUGGAGAACAGUGUCCUUGGCAAUGCCCUAGAGGGAGUCCCAGAAGAAUCAGAAGAAGAGGAGCAGCCCAGCAACUCCAAUAUUGAAAGUGCCAACAACCUUGAUGACAAAACUAGAGAUGACCUACGAAAGCAAGUGUAUGAUGCAAUGGCAGAGGAGGAAAAGACUAAGGAUGAGAAGAGCGACACAGAGGUGAAAAAGGAAAAUGUCGAGGAGAAGUCACCUGUCAAGCAAAAUGUGACCGCAUCAGAGGGUGCCUCAAGUUUUCCUGUGAAUGUGGAAGAGAAUUCAGUCCAGGAAGCUAAAGUAAAUCAAGUUGAGAAGAGCCCAGAUGCUUCUAUGAAUGAUGUGGAGGAAGGAUCCCCAGAAAAAGAAACAGAAAAGAAGACUGAUGCCUCAGAAGAGCAGAAUGGCAAGAUGGUCGAGAUAGAGCCAGAGGAUGGAAAAGAGGAAGUUUUGGAGGAGGAACAGGACGAGGAGGAACCAGAGGGUGAUGACGAUGAUGAUGACGACGACGGUGAUGACGAUGAAGAGAAAAAUGGGCAAGAUAAGGAAGAAGAUGAAGUUGGGAAUUUACAGUUGGCCUGGGAGAUGCUAGAGGUCGCCAAAGUCAUUUAUAAAAGAAAGGAAAGCAAGGACGACCAGCUGAUGGCCGCCCAGGUGUAUCUGAAACUUGGAGAAGUCAGUGCUGAGUCGGGUAACUAUCCUCAGGCACUAGAGGACUUCCAGGAGUGUCUCACCCUGCAGCUGAAGCACUUACCUUCCCACAGUCGUCUGCUCGCUGAGACCCACUACCACGUUGCUACAACACUUUGCUACAUGGAUCAGUACAGUCAGGCCAUCCAGCACUACAACAGCUCCAUAAAAGUCAUCGAGACCCGUCUGGCCAUGCUGCAGAAGGUGAUAGAUGCAGCAGAAGGAGCAGAUGGUGCAGCAGAGGAGAAAAAUGAGAUGGAAGAACUGAAACUGCUUCUGCCUGAUAUCAGGGAAAAAGUGGAGGAUGCAAAGGAAAGCCAGAGAACAGCUAGCGCUGCCUCACAGGCCAUCCAGCAGACACUAGGCGGUGCUUCAACUUCAUCAGCAUUCCCCUGUGAGAAUGGUGGACCUUCAUCAUCAACGGCAACAUUUGCAACCACCAGCCAGAUUCCAGUUAAAACAUCUGGCAGUGCUUCAUCUUCCAAGGCAGUCUCUGACAUCUCUCAUCUGGUCAGGAAAAAGAGGAAACAAGAGGAGGAGAGCCCAGUAAAGGACACUGAUGCUAAACAAGCAAAACAGGAAGCCACAGUUAAUGGCAGCGGUGACUCUAGUGCCAGCAACGGCAAUGGAGUCCAGGAGGGAAAAUCACAGGAGCCUGCCGCCCAGUCAGCCUCAGUCCAGUCCUCGGCGUGACGUUCUUCGUCUCUUUCCUGAGCUUUAAAACCAGCACAGCAUGCCUGUCCAGUUCCUCUCCACGUUUCAACACUUGUUUCUGUAAAUAAGAUCCAUUUUCAUAGAUUUGUCUGUCAAGUUUUGUAUACUUGUAGUAAAAAAAAAAAUAAAAUAAAGAAUUUGCAGAUCUAA